GUUAUACACAGUCAUCAGAGACACUCGACUCGACUCGAAUCGAAUCAACUCGCCUCGCAAGCGAUCGUUAGUACGGCUUUCAGUCGGUUUCAUCAGUCCAAAGGGUGCAGGAUCGGAAUCAGGAGCUACCUUCUUGCCCUACCACUUCGAAUCGAAGAACUGAGAUCGAUUGGUGCAUAGAUAUCAAGACAACCCACUCAAUUCAACUCUAGCACCAUUCGAAAUCAGUGCUUUUGAUAAGAAACAAUCAGCGAAGUGUCAAAUCGAAGCGAACUUCACAUGUGCUGUUAAAUAACUCAAAUCGGAACACUCUAAAUACGAAUUUUAAACGAAUUUAUUACAAAAAAAAUAUACUCAAAUAAACAUGCAAUGAGUGCCAAGUUGUAACCGCGCUGCCGAAAGAAGCCAACCAAGUGCAAGCCGCCUCGUUGACCGGGUCUUCAGUCACCGAUCAGAAUGAGUAAACUACAAUUGCUGUGUCAUCAAUGGGAAUAGAUUCCUUAUCGCUGCCUUGGCGAAAAAGUGUGACAUGACUUCUUAGUUGACACCAAGUUUUUAUUGAUUGUGAGAAAGGCACCUAUUGCAGAACUAAGAAUUUAUUAUAUGCGGAGGCACUCGUUUCGUGUUCUCACCCAAACUGUGGACUUUUCCGUUCUGGAAGUACAUCAAGUAGAUCGAGUUUAUUACGUUCCCCAAGAACAGACUCGUACAUCGACAAGUUAACAAACUCAUAGAUAUGAUACAGAUAGGGCAAUAAAUAAAUAUUUUAUUAAAAUGCGUAAACGAUAUAAAAGUAUGUUUACACAAUGUGAAACACUUUCUGACCACCGCAACUUUCCUAGUCCUUCAGCAUUCAUUGCCCCACAACAUAUUUAUAUUUAUAGAAUAUAUCUACAUUAUAGAUAGUAAAGUAAUUUAACAUUAAUAGCAUUCUUAUCUCAACAGACAGCUAUAAAUAUUCGCCACCUGUUUGGAGCGUAAUAAUACUCUUCUAAGCGAAAAUAUUACCAACAUCUGACCUUGACUUCGCAUAUCGACUUGCAGCAUACUCUUGUUUUUUAAUACAGAAAAAAAAAUCAGUGAAACAGAUAAUUAGCAGAAAUCACCAAUUAUAUGCAGUUAUUAAAUAUAUAUUUUUUUGUUCAAGGAAAAGAGCAUUCCUUUUUGCAGUAUAUCGGCUAAAUUUCAAAACUUUAAUUAACAAUCCAUGUUGCUUCACACGAUUAUUGUUUAAGUGGAGGUAUAUAAAAACAAAAUAUAAUAAAGGAAUACGUAAUAUAAAAAACAAUUAAUUAUUAAAAGCAAUCAAUUUUAACAAUCAUAAUGUGAGACCUGUUACUAUUACUUCCAACAGUGUCUUUAAAUUUAUCUCCAAAACACCUUUGCUUUAAAGAAAUUAUUUUAUUAAUUACAAUUAAAGCAGACGUAAACUUAUGGGAGGUAGUGUGUGCUAGACCGUCACUAAAAAUUUAAUUGAAAACCCAGUGAUCUCUGUCUGUGACAAGAGCCAAAUCUAAUCUUAGUUUGCUGUAGUAAAUUAAAGUCAUCCGAAUGGGAAAAUCUUGUAUUUGCGGCUAUAAAAGACACAGCUGACUCUUGCCAAUUGUUAGUUGAAUUUAUCUAAGUAAAAGCGAAGGGGGAGGUAUUUUAAAAUGCGAGGACUCUCUAGCACUUUGGUCCUGCAAGCCAUCUUGCUGGCCGCGAUGGUUCAUCUGAGCACCCAAACGCGUUACUUAAACGCCACCGACGAUAUCUGUCGCCUGUUCAAGGAUGGCACCGAACUCCUGAAGCCCGGCACCUGCAGCGAGUCGAUAAUUUGCAAAAACUUUGAAUCAACACCGGGCCAAACCUGUACGGGUUCCAAGUCGUAUUACAGUGGCUCCAGUGGUAAGUGCACAGCAUCCGCGGAUACUUACUGCGACACAAGCAAAAUAUGCAAAGGAUCUGGAACGGGCUACAUUGGAGAUAGCAUACACUGUGCGAAUUGGUACUACUGUGAUGCAGAUGCGUUGUUGGGCAAGGGAACAUGCACCCAGGGCAUGUACUUCGAUCAGGUGGACAAGAGGUGCGUCUAUCCGAAAGACACAGAGUGUGCGGCCAAAUACGAGUUCUGCGACAUUGUGCCCACAAACACACCCUUCCGCGAUGAGGCCAACUGCCACAUGUACUUUACCUGCAGCAGUAAGAAGGUCCUGGUAACGAAUACAUGCGAAAAUGGCCUGUAUUACAAUGUGGCCACCGGAACUUGUGUGCAGAAGAAGGACGUUAUCUGCGAGAACCAUCCGCUGCCGGAGGAAGUGUGUGGCAACAAGAAACUGGCGGUGCGCAACAAAUUCGUUUCGGAUAUGGCCACAUGUCGCGGCUACUACUUCUGCCGGGAUCUGGGCUCCGGAAUACCCGAUCCCGAUCCCAUAUUCCAGCAGUGCGACGAGAACAACUUCUUCAAUGUGGAACGGCAGGCGUGCAUGCCGCGCGAGAGCCAAAAGUGCGACUAUGAUAGAUGCGAUGGCCGCGAGGAUGGCUUCGAAGUGGCUGAAAUCGAUGGAUGCCACGACUACAUCGAGUGUGUCGAUGGCCGGGAAACAACUCCUUUUAGCUGUGCGGAUAAGUAUUUCGAUGUUGGCAAACAGAGCUGCACCGAAACUAAAUUUACUUACGGAGCCUGUUCCUCUUAGCUGCAUUUCAUUUGCCAGCCGUUCGUAAAGUGUUCAUUAAAUUUGCAAAUAUAAUUUCAGUAAUUAAACAGGAGUUUUUAGCGCAA